CGUCACAUCCCUCGGUUCAUGUGGAAUGUCGGGUCUGUAUGAUUUAUAAAUAGCAGCUCCAUCUCAUCUUCUGCCUGACACGCUGCUGCUCCAGUGAGUCUCAUAGUGGUGCGAGCAGCAGGAAUGUGAAGAUGGCUACAGAUCUGGGAGAGCUACUGGUCCCGUACAUGCCCACGAUUAGAGUACCGAGGACUGGAGACAGGGUUUUCAAGAGCGAAUGCGCGUUUUCCUUCGACUCUCCUGAAUCAGAAGGAGGUCUCUAUGUGUGUAUGAAUUCGUUCCUGGGUUUUGGAAGAGAACACGUGGAGAGACAUUACCGUAAAACUGGACAGAGCGUCUACAUGCACUUGAAACGACAUGUGAAAGAGAAAGCCACAGGUGCUGCAGGGGGUGCCAUACCAAGGAGGAGGAACGGAAAAGUAUUUUUAGAUUUAGAGCUUAACCGUGAUUUUAACGGAGAUGUUUAUGAGUAUGAAGACGAAGCCAAGCUUGUCAUAUUUCCAGACCACUUUGAGAUCACUUUACCAAAUAUUGAGGAGUUACCCGCACUGGUAACAAUAGCCUGUGAUGCAGUCCUAAAUGCUCAAUCACCUUAUAAAAAACAGGAAUCUGAUUCUUGGGAAGAGAAAAUCCAAGUAUCCCGACAUGCCAGAAGUCUCAGACAGCAGGAGAAUGGGGUUCGGAUUCCUCCAAGGGGCUGGAAGUGUGCCAAGUGUGAAAUGAGAGAGAACCUGUGGCUAAACCUGACGGAUGGUUCUGUCCUCUGUGGGAAAUGGUUCUUUGAUGGGAGUGGAGGCAACGGGCAUGCCCUUGACCACUACAAAGAAAGCAACUUCCCCUUGGCAGUUAAACUGGACACAAUCACCCCAGAUGGAGCAGAUGUUUAUUCCUUCGAUGAAGAAGAAGCAGUUCUCGAUCCUCAGAUAUCAGAACAUUUGUUACACUUCGGAAUAGAUAUGGUGCAGAUGCAAAGGAAUGAAAAUGGACAUCACACAGACAACCACAUACAGCCACGUGUAAGUGACUGGGAAGUGGCUCAGGAGGUGGGGCUAAAGUUAAAGCCUGUGUAUGGCUCAGGAUAUACGGGCAUGAAAAACCUGGGUAACAGCUGUUACCUGAGCACCACUAUGCAAGUGCUGUUCAGUAUUCCAGAAUUCCAGAGAGCGUAUGUUGGCAAUCUACAAAGAAUAUUUGAUUACUCACCCCUUGAUCCAACUCAGGACUUCAACACACAGAUUGCGAAACUAGGCCAUGGACUUCUCUCAGGCCAGUACUCUAAACCUCCACUGAAAUCAGAACUCAUUGAACAGGUGAUGAAAGAAGAAUACAAGCAGCAGCAAAAGGGGAUUUCACCUAAGAUGUUCAAAGCCCUGGUCAGUAAGGGACACCCGGAAUUCUCUUCCAACCGACAACAAGAUGCACAUGAAUUCUUCCUGCACUUAAUAAAUCUUGUGGAGAGGAACAGCAAUGGCACCGAGAACCCCAGCGACGUUUUUCGUUUCAUAGUGGAGGAUCGUGUGCAGUGCUGUCAGACACAGAAGGUGCGGUACAUGCAGAGAGUCGACUACCUUAUGCAACUUCCUGUACCCUUUGAGGCCGCCAGCAACAGAGAGGAGCUAAUAGCAUAUGAGAGUAAGCGGAAGGAAGCAGAGGAGAACAUGCGGCCCCUUCCAGAGCCCGUGAGGGCCCGGAUCCCUUUCACUGCUUGUCUGCAAGCCUUCACAGAGCCUGAAAAUGUUCCAGACUUCUGGAGCUCAGCACUACAAGCCAAGUCAGCCGGAGUGAAGACGUCUCGUUUUGCAUCUUUCCCUGAGUACAUGGUGGUACAAAUGAAGAAGUUCACAUUUGGUGUAGACUGGGUGCCCAAAAAGUUAGAUAUUUCUGUAGAUGUACCGGAUUUCCUUGACUUGAAUCGUCUGCGGGCGACAGGGCUACAGCCGGGUGAAGAGGAACUGCCUGAGCUCACACCUCCCAUUGUCAUUCCUGAAGAUACCAGAGGCAGUUUAACAAACAAUUCUUUGGAACCUACAGAGAUAGAUGAAUCAUCUGUGAUGCAGUUGGCAGAGAUGGGUUUCCCCCUGGAAGCGUGUCGGAAGGCGGUGUACUACACUGGGAAUAUGGGAGCAGAGAUGGCCUUUAACUGGAUUAUAGCACACAUGGAAGAGCCAGAUUUUGCUGAGCCUUUGGCAAUACCCACAUACAUGGAAGCAGACCUGCCGAGCCCCAGCCUUCCUGCCGUCAGCACACUAGACAACCAGCCUCCAGAAGAGAGCAUUGCCAUCCUCACCUCCAUGGGCUUCCCCAGGCAUCACACCAUCAAAGCUCUCAAAGCCACAAAUAACAAUUUGGAACGAGCUCUUGAUUGGAUAUUCACCCACCCGGACUGUGGGGAUGAAAGCGAGGCUAUGUCAGACACACCAGACACAGAACCAAACGAUAACAGCUUCUCGAAUGCCAACGCCAACAGCGACUCCUUACUGAGCCCAGAUGAGGAGGUGUCCAGUCCCCGUGUCAGAGACGGCCCCGGGCGUUACGAACUGUUUGCCUUCAUCAGUCAUAUGGGAACAUCAACAAUGUCCGGCCAUUAUGUUUGUCAUAUCAAAAAAGAGGGAAGAUGGCUGAUUUACAAUGACCACAAAGUGUGUUUGUCCGAGAGGCCUCCUAAAGACUUGGGCUACAUAUACUUUUACCGGCGCCUGUCAAGCUGCUAGAUCUGGACCAUCAUAGCCUUUAUGCACAGCCAUAAGGCAAGAGAGAUGUGGAGUACCACUUACACUGCUGGAAACAUCUGUAAAAAUGAGAGAGAACCUUCCAGUCCCUGCCAGGACCUGCACAGGCGCUCAUCACACGGAAACGAUCAAGCAAGGAACCGAAUGUGUUUUGUUGUCUGUAGGUUAUUCGUUUGUUUAUGUUGUGUCUGCUGUAUUGAUACAGUGGGGUGUGUGCAAUUUUAGGUACGGAAAUUAUGAAUUUCCUAAUAUAUUUACAAGUAAUUUCUUAUAUUUCUCUUUUAAUAUGUUGAGCUCCUGUGCCAGUAUUUUCAAGCCAUGCUUUGGAAAAUACAACGUGUGCCUGCAUUAAGAAAUUAUUACUGCCGUUUUAGACGAAUGUACACGAUUCAGCGCCAUUUGAGGAACCCAGUUGUUAAAGAUGUAUUCAAAAAUUAUAGGAAUAGAUUUCAAAAACCUCUGACUAUACUUUUGAUUCAUGGCCGUACACAAUGAAGAUGGAGAUUUUCCUUUGUGGUCCUUUAAUCCAUGUCGGGUGUUCAUGUGUUGCAAUUCGAUAUUUGCUAGAUAUACAGUGUAUUCUAGCAUUAGGAAUUCAUCCAUAUAUGCACCAACAUCGAGCUGGCUUAUUGUCCCCAGAAGCAUUUUUUAAAUCUCUUUGGUUCAUAGGGUUAUUGUUUUUCUUUUGGUCUAGCUUCCAGUCAAUCGGUGAUAAUAAUAAUGCACCAAAAUCACAUAUUCAUGCAACAUUCAAGUGCUUUACUUUUACCCUCAGCAGUUUAAAGACUGGGAUCAAUUUCAAUUGAGUCUCAGUUUAAAAGAAUGUAAAACCAUUUCUUUUUUGUACUUAAGCAAUAUUUUAUAACAAAUAGAUUUACAGAUAGAUCUCAAAUGUAUGUAUUAUUCUGGUACUGUGUUACCAACCUGCUGUCAAGCUUUAUAUCUGACAAACUUGGCCAAGCAUCCAUCAUUCUCAACGAUUUAUUGAGUGACAGUUUCAUAAACCCUGGACGUGGCACGUAUCCUUUAAAGUUUUAUAUUUCAUUCAUGUUUUGUUACAUUUUCUCGCUCAGGCUCAUCUCAAUGCGUUUCAUCUGAACAUUGCACAAACUGUUGUCAUGUGGACUGUACCCUGUCAUGAUUCUUUACAUUCUUUGUCUGUAUCAUUCGUUUUCUUUAUUUGCUUGCCCAUCCGAGGCUGCAUAUCGGGUCCUCUCUCUCUCUUUCUCACUUGCUCUUUUCUCUAUUCUCUAUUCCGCUUUGUCGGGUGUGAAAGUGGAUCCUUUUACCCCACCUUUCUCAAACAUGGCUUGAUAUUAUCACUACGUGCACUAAAACUCGGAGGUUAGUCAGUUGACAUUUUGCAAUAUUACUGAUCUUUAGCGGGUUCUAUUUUUCAUGGAACUGAAGGUCAUGCGGUACGUUUUUAUCGUUGAUCUUUUGCAAAAGUGUGCCAAUUCUGCAGCUAUCUUACAAACUUGCCCACUUUGUUUGAUGUAAGUUGUUUUUUAAUAGAUUUUCUGAUGCGCGUAUUGUUCACAACCAUAGCAUAUGUAGGUGAACUGGUUCCAAAAUCUGUUCAAACAUACUUGUGACUCAGAAUGUUUGGAUUGUUCAAUAAAGUUCACAGUUGUUUAA